ACUAUUAAACGAUUGUAGUAACCUCGAACAAAAAAUAAUCGAUAUCGAAAUAAUCGAGAUGACUCGCCUACCCUAACCUGACAAUCGCGGUGACUACAAAUUGUGGAGUUGGUUAAUUUUCGCCUAUUCACGUCGCUCUGGAGGUGUAAACAAUUUUUCACAUCUCAAAUCCUAACGUUACUAUUUGCAAAUUGCCCUGAAGAAUGAGUUCGAUAGGCACAGGCUAUGACUUGUCCGCAUCGCAGUUUUCACCAGACGGACGUGUGUUUCAAGUGGAGUACGCUCAAAAAGCUGUGGAAAAUGGAGGCACGGUGAUCGGUCUACGAGGCAAGGACGGGGUGGUAUUCGCUGUUGAGAAGAUAGUAACAUCAAAGCUCUUUGAGUCAGGUGCUAACAAACGCAUACUCAAUAUAGAUCAACAUGUCGGUAUGGCAGUCUCUGGCAUAAUAUCGGAUGCGAGACAGGUCGCGGAAACGGCGAGAGUGGAAGCUGCUAGUUACAAGGCACAGUACGGGGUCGGUAUUCCCCUGAAGUAUCUCAACGAAAGGGUUUCUAUGUACAUGCACGCAUACACUCUAUAUUCCGCUGUACGUCCAUACGGUUGUUCUGUUUUGCUGGGUGCUUACGAGGCAGAUGGUCCAGCAAUGUACAUGAUAGAUCCAUCGGGAGUGUCGUACGGUUACUACGGUUGUGCAGUAGGUAAAGCAAAACAGUCAGCAAAGACAGAGAUUGAAAAGUUGAAACUGUCAGAGAUGACGUGCAAGGAGUUAGUCAAGGAAGCUGCUCGCAUCAUCUACCUUGUACACGACGAGUUGAAGGAUAAGCAAUUCGAGCUGGAGAUGAGUUGGGUCGGAGCGCACACAAACGGCAGGCACGAACGCGUACCGGCUGAAAUAAAAGCCGACGCUGAAAAUAAGGCUCGGCAGGCAAUAGCCGAGGAUUCAGACAGCGACACCGAGGAUAUGUAGAGCGUAUAAAUACUACCGUUAAAAUUCUUUGUACUGUGUAAGAGAUAAUUUAAAUAUAUGGAUAUGUACUGGUUCAAAUACAUCGCGGUUUCAUCAAUGAACAAUGCAAAUAAAGAAUGUCACCACUUGGUUUGUAAAAUA